GACGCUGGGAACGAGCGCCUCCUGCAGGUGCGGCUCUCCUCCGCGGCGGUGCGCAGCUUCGCCGAGCUGCGCAGCUCCACUUGCCGCUGGCAAGGUACCGCGUCGGCCGUGGCGGCCGUGGCGCUGGGCGAGGGCGGCGGGCCGCAGCUGGUGGCGCCGUACCGGGAGGCGUACGGCGACGCGAGCCGCCUGGUCGCCAAGGCCCGGGCGCCCGCCAACGCCGCCGUGCGGGUGACCGACCUGGGGGUCGGGCCGGCCCCGCUCGUCACCUUCGCCGAGAGCGGGUUCCGUGGCGCCAUCGUUCUGGACCCCGUCAUCGAGGGGGUGUUCAAGUUCGAGCGCGACGAGGGCAGCAUGCUGGAGUUGGCGGUGCCCCCCCUGUCGGCGGAGUUCCAGCGCGCGGCCGCGGGCCGCAGCCCUGAAGCGGAGAUGGCCGAGCAGGCGUGCAGGCUGCUGGCCCAGCUGGCCCCGCCGGCCGGGGCCGAGCCCCGCCUGCAGCGCGCGGCGGCGGAGGCCUGCAGCCUGGCGGUGGCGGUGCUGUCCAGGCACAGCAGCAACGCGACCGUGCAGACGGCGGCGUGCGGUGCGCUCGGGCAGCUGGCGCCGGCCUGCGGCGGGGAUCUGCCCGCGCCGGAGGCGCGGCAGUGCGUGGAGCUCGUGGCCGCCGCCAUGAGGAGGCACGCCGGGGCGCCGCGGCUGCAGGAGGCGGCGUGCCACGCGCUGGCGGGCUGCGCGGGGGGGCGGCCGGAGCUGCAGGCCCUCGCGGCCACGAACGGCGCCAUCGACCAGGUCGUAGGCGCCAUGAGGCAGUUCCCGCUCGACGCGGAGGUGCAGCGGUGGGCCUGCGGUGCCCUGGCCGGGCUCGCCGCCGACCAGCCCAUGACCCAGUCCGCCGUCGCGGGGUGCAGAGGCCCCCGCAUGGAGACGGACGCGGGUGCCGCUCGUGGGGCGGAGUCCCUGGCGGAG